CUGGGAGACCUCGUAUAAGUUUUGGACUCGCGUGGAAUGCGCGCAGCGGGAACAUUUCCACUCGAAAAACAGCGAAAUGAGCCGCGCGGUGUGGACGCUGCUGCUGUGGGCGCUGGUCCACGGAGCGCGCACGGACACGCGGAUCCCCGAAGAUAAACUCGUGGUUCUCACCGUCGCCACCAAAGAAACAGACGGUUUCAGACGUUUCCUCAGGUCGGCCAAACACUUCAACUACACCGUCAAGGUGCUGGGCAGGGGCGAGAAAUGGGCAGGCGGUGACUACACCUCUGCUCCUGGCGGGGGUCAGAAGGUUCGGCUCCUCAAACAGGCUCUGGAGGAGAUGACCGACGAAGACUCAGUCGUCCUCUUCACUGACAGCUACGACGUGGUCUUCGCCUCGGGCCCUCGGGAGCUGUUGAAGAAGUUCUCUCAGGCGGGACACAGGGUGGUCUUCUCCUCGGAGACGCUGCUCUGGCCCCACAGGCUCCUGGAGGACAAACACCCCCACGUCGCCCACGGCAACCGCUUCCUGGGCUCCGGGUUCAUGGGCGUCCUCCCCGCCGUGAGGAGCCUGGUGUCCGAGUGGAGCGGCAAGGACGGAGACAGCGACCAGCUCUUCUACACCAACAUCUACAUCAACCCCGACAAAAGAAAAUCCAUCAACAUCACACUGGACAGUAAAUGCAGACUGUUCCAGAACCUCCAGGGGGCGCUCGACGACGUCGUGCUGAAGUUUGAGGACAGUCGAGUGAGAGCCAGAAACGUGCUGUACGACCGCACGCUCUGCCCACCCACGCUCCUGAUGAACUACCUGGGAAACUACAUCCCAAACACCUGGACGUUUGAGACGGGCUGCACCGUGUGUGGACAAGACCUGCUGCCCCUGUCCUCCUUCAAGGUUCCUCCUGUGGUCCUCAUCGGGGUCUUCAUCGAGCAGCCCACUCCGUUUGUCAGCGUCUUCUUCGAGCGUUUGGUGAAACUCCAGUAUCCGAAAGAACGACUCCAGAUCUUCAUCUACAACAAGGAGCUUCAUCACGAGCGUCACGUCAGCUCCUUCCUGAAGGAACAUGCAGAUCUUUACCAGAACAUCAGGACCGUGGGCCCAGACGAGGACCUGGACGUGGCUGCGGCUCGGGACUCGGUCAUAGACGUGUGCAGGAAAGACGCCUCCUGUGAUUAUUACUUCAACCUGGACGUGGACGUGGUGCUGAAGAACGAAGACACUCUGAAGAUCCUCAUAGAACAAAACCUCCCGGUGGUGGCGCCCAUGAUCACCCGGGUGGGGCGGCUCUGGAGUAACUUCUGGGGCGCGCUGAGUGUGGACGGGUACUACGCUCGCUCUGAGGACUACGUGGACAUCGUGCAGGGACGCAGACAGGGGGUGUGGAACGUCCCGUACGUCUCCAGCGUUUACUUGAUCAGGGGGAGUCUUCUGCGCUCAGACCUGCAGGACGUGUCCCUGUACUCAGACGCAGGACUGGACCCGGACAUGUCCUUCUGUGAACAGCUCCGCUCCAAGGACAUCUUCAUGUACGUGACCAACCUCCACACGUUUGGACGGAUCCUCUCCACAGAGAACUACCAGACCAGCCACCUGCACAACGACCUGUGGGAGAUCUUCCACAACCCCGUGGACUGGGAAGAGCGAUACCUCCACCCAAACUACAGCCGUGUUCUGAAGGACAAGAUGGAGACGCCGUGUCCAGACGUUUACUGGUUCCCCAUCUUCUCGGACGUCGCCUGUGAUCACAUCGUCGAAGAAAUGGAGAACUUUGGGAAGUGGUCGGGCGGAGCCAACGUGGACAAACGGAUCCAGGGCGGGUACGAGAACGUGCCGACCAUCGACAUCCACAUGAACCAGGUGAACUACCACCGGGAGUGGCAGAAGUUCCUCCUGGAUUAUGUGGCGCCCAUCACCGAGAAGAUGUACCCGGGAUACUACACCAGGGCUCAGUUCGAUCUGGCGUUCGUGGUUCGGUACAAACCGGACGAGCAGCCGUCUCUGCGUCCGCACCACGACGCCUCCACCUUCACCAUCAACAUCGCCCUGAACCACGUGGGCAAAGACUUCCAGGGCGGCGGUUGUAAGUUCUUGAGGUACGACUGCUCCAUCACGUCUCCUCGUAAAGGUUGGGCUCUGAUGCACCCGGGGAGACUCACCCACUACCACGAGGGCCUCCCCACCACCGCGGGGGUUCGCUACAUCGCAGUCUCCUUCGUGGACCCCUAACCUGACCCCUGACCCCUGACCCCUAACCCCUAACCCCCCCCCGGACCAAACUCACACCGACGCGUCCCACACAAAACAUAUUUAUUAAGACGAGCAGCGGACGAGGACGGUGACGGAGACGUCCAAAGACUCUGAGGUCCACAGCAGGAGGAGGACGACCUGAGACUCUGAGGUCCACCACAGCAGGAGGAGGACGACCUGAGACUCUGAGGUCCACCACAGCAGGAGGACGACGACCUGAGACUCUGAGGUCCACCACAGCAGGAGGACGACGACCUGAGACUCUGAGGUCCACAGCAGAGGAGGACGACCUGAGACUCUGAGGACCACAGCAGGAGGAGGACGACCUGAGACUCUGAGGUCCACGGCAGGAGGAGAACCUGAGAGUCUCAGGUCCAUAGCAGGAGAACUUCAGACUCUGAGGUCCACUACGGCAGGAGGAGGACGACCUGAGACUCUGAGGUCCACCACAGCAGGAGGACGACGACCUGAGACUCUGAGGUCCACCACAGCAGGAGGAGGACGACCUGAGACUCUGAGGUCCACCAUGACGGGAAGAUGUCAGACUCUGAGGUCCAUGACAACAGGAGGACGUCAGACUCUGAGGUGGACUCUUGUAGGUCCGCUGGUGCUUCUAACCUUCUCCGGGCUGUUCUACACUGUGAGGGAACGUGACCCUCAAACACUAAACACGCAAAUAUUAGAAUUGCUUUAAAGCUGCACUUUGUAACUUUUCGGUUGACGGUCCAUCACCUGCUUGUUGCUAUGGAGACGUCACUGCUCUGCCUGGAAUUAUUCAAUCACAGCUGGUUUAAACCUCAAAAAUCAUUGAAAAACAGACACUGUGACUGUGAGCGGAGUCGCCUCUCCACAGAUCUGACCCGGAAACCCCGUCUGGUCUGGUUUGGUCUCCGUGGAGAUAGAAAGUUUUAAUGCCGUACUGUGGAACAUUCCAGACAAAGCAACAACACUUCCAUGGAGAAAAGCGUCUGACGGAGCCUCCACCGGAAAAGUUACACAGUGCACCUUUUAAAGCCACACGAUGUAACUUUUUGGAGAAGUUCUACACUUUGGAACAUUCUCCACGGAGACAGGAAAGGGUAAUGCCGUAGUGUGGAAGAUUUUAGAUUUUUUCGCAGUGUUUGCAAGUGUCCCGCUGGAGGUUUGUGGAACUUUUGGUUAAUGUUUUUCUGUGUAAAUAUGUGUCGGUUUCUCCAGCAGUUUCAUAAAUCUGCUCCAUCACCAAAUCUUCAACCAACAAACUCCACAAAGGAGAAACAUUCUUCAUGAACAAUUUAUCCACAACUAGGGAUGGGCAUGAUUAAUCGAUUAAUCGAUAAUUGAUCAUUAAGAAUUUCAUCGAUUACGUUCAUUUUAAUCAACAAACCGAAUGUAGUUUGCUGUGUCUGUACAUGUGUCUCUGCAUCAGAAGGAGCGAGACACAAACAGUGGGUCAGUCUGUAACGAACCGAAGCACAAAUGUGGAUUUAACCAGGAUUUGUAGAAGAAAUUCCACACUUUCCGUUGCGUUGGGACAAGUGUGAGUCCAUGUGCACAGUGGAUAAAGCAGCACAUAUGUUUCUGUGUCCAGUGGGAAAAAGUUUUUCCAGGUGAGAGUCGCUCAAUGUGGAUGACGAGGCCCCGCCCCCCUCCCCCCGUACGCUGUCCUGGUUUUGACAAACACAAAUCUGGUCACACUGACCUGUAUUCACCUGAGUCAUGUCUUUUAAUCCAACACAAGGUGAACCACAUCAGCGACACAAGAGCUGGAGUUUUAUCUUCACUUAGUUUAUGUAAAUUAGUGAUGUGGUUUUAAGUUUUGUUUCUGUGAGAUUUGAACAAAACUGAAUUAAACACAUUAUAAUGUCAAACAGCUGAUGUGGAUCUAGAGUCGUUAUGUUUAUAUGUCGUAAAGUUGAAUUUAUUUAUGCAGAUUAGUGCAGAUAGUAAUAAUAAUGAUGAUCAUUUUAAUAUAAAAACGUUAAUGAUUAAUCGAUAAUCGAUCGUUAAUUCUCCCGACGAUCGAUUAAGAACAUUUCAUGCCCGUCCCUUAUCCACAACGAUCAAGAGAAGAAAGAGCAAAACUUAAAGGAAACAACGAGACACAUUGAGUCACACAACAAACUCAACUCAUGUUCUGAUCCUGAAGAAAACAGAAGAACUUGUCACUCAGACUCGUUCUACUGUUACGAUUCUAAAGUUCUUGGGCGUCUCCUUCUCCUCCAGCGCCCCCAUCUCAAGGAAGUGAUGUGCAAAGUUCUCAUUCUUUUUAUAAUUAAAUUUAAAAAUCAAUUUCAUGAUGUUGAUAUUUAUC